AAAAAAAAAAAAAGAAAAAAAAUCGCCCUCUAAAAAAAACUUGAAAAAUUCGUAGCUCGAGAGACGUGUACAGCUUUGCUGCAAGUUUCAUAGUCGAGAUCAGUUUUUUUGAUUCAAAGCUGUUUAUUAAUAUUUUGUCUGUUUGGGUUGUUCUCAAGCUAAAUUUCGGAGCUUUAUCUGUUUAAUGACCCCAAAAAGAUGGCCCUUUUUUGAAACUUUUCUGAACUGAAAAGUGAGGAAUUAGGAAAUACUUGAAGGGGUUCUUUAAAUUGAGGCAUAAGUUUCAGCAAUGUUGCCCGUUUGCUCAGCAGCCACUAGCUGCUCAUGCCACACAAAGGUUCUUGUUCCUGUGUUAAAAUCCUUAUCACCAUAUUCGAAGAUAUUUCAUGUCAAAGUCCAUCUCGAAAAAGUCUCCUUUACAGCCAGGCCCAUAUUUUGUUUUUACUCGAACCAAAUUGCUAAUAGCCAAAACUAUGUUGUCCCCAUUUCCAUGAACAAUGAUGAACCAUUGAAUCUAAUUACCGACACAAUUGACAAAACCGAUUCACUAUCGUCAUUCGAAGGUUUGCCGGUCGAUCCUCCUAUAGUAUCCAAUUUACUGAACAUUGAUGAUGAUUCCUUAUCCGAACAAGAAAAAAGUAUCGAUGAUAUUAUUUCGGGCAUAAAUGAAUCGACUUCGGGUUUAAUUAGUGGAGGAGAAGAUGCUUUGAAUAGGUUACUUGAUGAUCUGAAAAAUGCUUUGAAGAAUGCAAAUGAAGCUGUAGAUAGUGCUGUUACAGAGAUAGUCUCGUUUUUCAACAAAUCUGGAGAGUCGGCUGGUAAUAAGCUGUCUGGGGUGUCCAGUGAGUUACUAGAAGCUUCUGGUAAAGCAGGGACUAUUGGACUUGAUGUGAUAAAAAGAACGAUUGUUUUUAUUGAGGAUUCUUUUCUGGAAGGGGCGAAAAAUGUCGGAUAUGCUUAUGGUUCGGCCAAGGAAUAUCUGCCUUUGGAUUUAAGAGAAGCACUUAAUUUAUCGGAAGAGAAUGUUGCGAAAGUAGUUAAUCCGGCUGGAAGUGCUUUUCAACAGUUGUUACAUUUAUCAUCAGAUAUGUGCAGGGGUUCUUACAGGAUACUAAAGUACGGUGGAUAUGCUGGAGAUUUGUCCCCUCAAGAAACUUACGAACUUUUACGAGGAAAUGAAAAUGUUGUGCUUGUUGACAUACGGCCUGAGGCAAGAUAUUCUUCACAGGAAAGAGAUGGAAUUCCGGAUCUUCGGAGGACAGCUCGAUCUCGGUACAUCGGUGUAGCACUAUCCGAGCUUCACAGCUCGUUGAGGAAAUUGCUCAAGGGAGGGAGAGAAAUCGAGGAUGCAUUGCUUGCUGCUGUUAUACGCAACCUUAAAAUUGUUGAAGACGGGUCUAAGGUUAUAGUUGUGGAUGUUGAUGGGUCUCGUUCAAAGGGUGUUGCUCGAUCACUGAAAAAAUUUGGAACCAAGGCAAGUGGCUUCCGCUCUUGGGCGAACGCAGGCCUCCGUAUUAAAGCCCUAAACCCCGACACGCCACUUACAAUACUCAAUGAGGAAGCUGAAGCAAUCUUGGAAGAAAUCAAUCCAACUCCAGUGAAAAUUCUUGGAUAUGGAUUGGGUUUUGCUGCAGCUGCUUAUUCAUUAGUAGACUGGGAAAGGACGUUGCAAUUCGUAGGUGUUAUCGGACUAAGCCAGACUGUAUUUCGACGAAUUGCAUCUUACCAAGGCGCAGAGGAUCUCAAGAAGGACGUGAGUCUGCUGCUAGCUCCAGUGAGGCUUGGUGGCCAGGCCAUUUCAUGGGCCGCUGGCAAAUUGGACCCAAACCUUAAUGGGCUGCCCACUUCACCUUCUUCCUCAGAUGUCCGGAGCCGAGUGCUGCAAGCAGCUGCUAAGCACGAAUCUCAGCCGUCAGAUAGCGAAGGAAUCCAAGAUUCCCCGUCUGAGAAUGACAAGGUACAAGCAUCCGAAGCUUAAGCUUGUCUGAUAUUCAAUAAUGUCUGUAAGUAUCAAAUUGUUUUUGUUCGAAUUUGCUGACAAGCAAUCNAAAAACGACUCUGUUCCGGACCUAAUAUAUUACUCUUCCCUUUAAUAUAUUUAUUUUAUCUGCUAGAAGUGUAAUAUUACUCUUCCCUUUAACUAAUUUUUUUCGAUAUGAAAUUUAUUAAAGGAUAUAUUGAAAUUUGGUUAAUAUUACAUAUGCAUAAGCACAAAAGCACAAGUGUGCAGCAAAAACCACCCUCACAUUUCUAACAAAACCAGGAAAAUGCCUAUAUAUUUCAUCACUAAGCGUUACUUUGGGCGACAUGCCUUCUCAACAGGCCCAGCUUGUCUUGCAUACUGCAAAAUAAAUAUGGAGAUAAUCAAAUGUUAGUUGUUGUUUCACUACUAAUUACACACACACACACACACACACAC